AUGGCCAUCGCUGCGCCAAGAAAGGUUGGAAAUUUAUUUGCUCCAAUUGUCUCUCUUUGGUUUAUCGCUCUCGCUUCUGUUGGAAUUUGGAACAUUUCUCAAUAUCCUGAAAUUUUUAAAGCCUACAAUCCCUAUUAUGCUUUUGAUUAUUUUAUUAGAAAACAAGAUUCUGGGUUUACUGAUCUCGGUGGAGUUUUAUUGGCCAUCACUGGUGUUGAGGCCUUAUUUGCGGACUUGGGACAUUUUAACCGGACUGCCAUUAAGAUCUCUUUUCCAUGUUUCGUUUAUUUUCCUUUGGUUUUAGUAUAUACAGGCCAAGCUGCACGUCUGGUUUUGGAUCCCUCUGUAAUUGCCAAUACCUUUUGGUUAACUACUCCUAAUAAACCUGCAAUUUAUUGGAUUGUAUUUGUUUUAGCAAUCUUAGCUACAAUAAUUGCGUCUCAGGCUAUGAUUUCGGCUACUUUUUCUUUAGUUUACCAAUCAAUGCAAUUAGAUUGCUUUCCGGCAGUUAAGGAGGAAAAAAUUGUUUCAAAUGAAAUUAAUAUUACCGACAAUGAUAUCAAUUCAUCUCACGAGAUUACUUUAGAAAGUGGAAAUGAAGUUUCCAGUGCCAUUCCAAGAAUCAUUGAUAUCAAUGAUCGUUUUAUAGUGAAAAAAGUUAAAAAUUAUGAAGGUUGUUAUCAAGUAACUGCUAGAUAUGGUUAUGCUGAACAAAUCUCUCAAGGAAGAGAAUUUAUUUUACAAUUAGUUGAAUCAAUUCGAAAGAUUGAUCCUGCGAGCACAAACUUAACUCAAGAUUUUAAUCCUGAUAAUGGAUCCGUUGUAUAUGUGUUGGGACAACAGUAUCUAUGUUCUAGAUAUGAUUCUCCAUGGUGGACAAGAAUUCUAGUUAACAUAUAUACGUUUAUAGCCGUCAAUUCUAGAAGUUUUUAUAGUAAUUGGGAUAUUCCUGUUGAGAAUACUGUUGUUGUUG